AUGGUGGGCAGUCUAUCGUGUGGCCGAUUCAGCGAUAUGUGGGGCCGCAAGAAGCUGCUGUUAGGUAACUGUAGCUUUAUCAUUGUGGGAGCGGUAGUCCAGAUGAGUGUGUCGGACAUUUGGCUGUUCACUGUGGGUCGUCUCAUUGCUGGCAUUGCUUCUGGAGUGGCCACGGGGACAAUCGGAGCCUACGUGAACGAGUUGUCGCCGCCAUAUCUUCGCAAUGUUCUUGGACUGGGUCUCCAGAUCUCAGUGACGUUCGGUAUCAUGAUGCCAGCCGUGGCGUUCUUCUUCGCCAAUACCAGCACUGGCUGGAGAUUUAUUGCCGGGUUUCCGCUGGUACUAGCAGCAUUGUUUUUACUUUUAGCUCCGUCUCUUUGUGUGGAGAGUCCUGCGUGGUUGUUGAUGCAGAACCGCCAAGAAGAGGCCGAGCAUGUGAUUGCUCGAUUGUAUGGAGUGGAGAAGGAAUCCAUGUUUGACACGAAAUAUCGACGACAACUCGCUGGAGCGAUGCUACUGUCGUGUUCACAGCAACUCUCGGGAAUUAACGCUGUAUUCUAUUAUUCGAGCAGCAUUUUUGCAGAUGCUGGCAUCUCCGAUCCACGAGUGGGAACGCUAAUUAUCGAUUUUAUCAACAUCUGGCCGGCAUUCUUUACGGGAUUUUUGGCUGUUCGUUUCGGGAAUCGCACUAUGAUUUUGUGGGGAUUGGCUGGUAUGUUUGCCAUGGCUGUUGGUAUGACGCUGGCGUUUCUAGUACAUGUGCCAGCAUUGUCCGUGUUUUUCACGGCAUUGUAUGUGAUCAUAUUUGGCGUAACGUUGGGCCCACUAGUGUGGGUCAUGACGGCAGACAUUUUUCCAGAUUCUAUCCGUGCGAGCGCUUCCUCGUUGUGUAUUGGCAUCAACUGGCUCUGCAAUCUUGUUGUGGGGGUGUCGUAUCCUUACUUGGCUGACGCUCUGAAGGACUACAGCUUCGUACCGUUUGUCGGAUUGUUGGCUCUGUUUUACUGCAUGGCACUACAGCUCGUGCCCGAGACGUCGGGCAAAACGAGUGCAGAGAUUCAGGUGGAGUAUGAGCGACGUCAUCACCAGUGA